AUGGCAAACACACAGGAAGCCACCAAACGGCCCAAUGCAUCGGCCAUCACCGAGCACAUCGCCGAAAAAGGCUAUAAUUCGCCCCACCUUGCGACAUCCGCCCAAACCCCCGCCAACCACCACGAGAACCAAUCCCUCUACUCUCCGGCUACCCCCCCACACCGCGUGUACACACAUCCAGACGAGCAGCUGUACAUGCUAGAAAACGGGAUUCGCGAAGAUGACCUCAAGCCGGAGCGCAUUUUCGUGGUGCCAACUACACAGGGUCAGCCGUGGAGCUUGCGCCAUAUGGCUGCUGUGUUUGACCGGCUUCCUGAGUUUAAGCAAAAGGCCGAAGAGCAUGAUCGAUCUGUCGGAGCUACAAGCAUGCAGCUAGGGCGGAGAGCAGAGAAGCUGGCUCAGUACUAUGAGAAAAAGGAGAAGUCUCGUGUGACCAAAGAAUGGGGCACACAAAGGUGUUUGCUUGCUAUGGUGGAUAAGGGAAUGGGUGGGGACGGGACAGUGGCGUAUUAUGUUGUGCAUGAAGGCGAGGUGAAGCCGAGGCAGAACUGA